UCUCAAAAUGCUCCGCCGGAAACCACCCAAAAUCAUCACCCGGUCCACCAUCGCCGCCGCCGUCAAAUCACUCGUCGCUAACGACGAUCUCUUACUCGAGAUCUUUCUUCGCUUACCCAUCAGAUCACUUUUACGAUUCAAAUCCGUCUCAAAACGAUGGCUCUCCCUAAUUUCCGAUCCCAAUUUCUGUCACCGUCGAUCCGCUUUUCAGCCACUCACUCCUCCUUCAGUUAUCUUGUUCCGUCCAUACUGCAGUCGUUUUUCCUCUGGAUCCGAUCUCGACUAUAUGGACCCAAAUGCGCCUCGGGUGCCAUACAGAUCUCUUGAACCUACUAUCUCGGAAUGUAGAAUUGUAAUCCUGCAAUCCUGUAACGGCUUGUUCUUGGGCAGAUCAUACGAGAAGAAUGUUUAUUACGUAUACAAUCCAACGACGAAGCAGUACAAAAUGCUUCCCAUGCUUAAGAUAAUCAAAAACAGAGUAACCCUUAAGUCGUUUGCUUUCGAGUUGUGGAUUCCACAAACUACCAAAUCAAGAUUUGCUCCUCUGAUUCUGGGUUCUGGAGGAUCUGCUGCGAGGGUUCAUUCGUAGAUCGAUUCAUCAAGGAAAUCGACCGUGGAGUGUAUUGGAAUGGAGCUGUUCAUUGGGUGCGGGAUUGUGGAAAGGGAAUAUACUUCAAUUUGAGCGAAGAGAAACUCCAUGAAUUUCCAAUACCUGGAGCUUCCAAUGAUCAGGGACACAAAAU